UGGGGCCGCGCCUGCGCAGGCUGCCUGCAAUGGCGGCAGCUUGCGCACCGUGCUGAGCGUUUCGGUUGGGACUUCAGGCGGCGGCCGGCGGUGGCCUUAAAGGAGCCAAGGACACUUGUCAGCUGCCCAAAAGAGGAAGCAGAGGUCCCAUCUGCAGUCGGGGUGUCCUUUCCCUCCUCCCCAGUGAGAAGAGGGGACUGAAGCCCAUCCAGCCCCAGCAUUCCCAGACAGAGACUGUGCUGCUGUCCCAUGGUUGAUGGGGAGCCCAGGCCAUGGUUGCCGUCUCCCGCCCCGGCCAUGGACGAGAUCACCUUCAAAAGCGACACCGUGCUGUCAGAUGUCCACCUCCACACCCCAAACCAGAGACACCUCAUGGUGCGGCUGAGUGGCGUGGGGCAGCCCGUCUUCCUGUCCCAGUUCAAGCUUCUGUGGAACCAAGCCCCUCAGACAGACUCGGGGGCUGAGGGUGGCAAUCACAGAGCCCAUCACGCAGAGGCGACUCCUCCCGCCAGAAGCGGCUGCAGCAGUGAGGGAGUCUCCCUCCAGGCUGGGGCUGAUGCCACCAGCCAGGAGGGGGUGGCAGCUCAGCUGGACGAGGAUGGGGAUUUGGACGUUGUGAGAAGACCACGGGCUGCCUCUCCCUCCAAGCCCUCGGGGCCUCCGAGAGACAAGGUACAUCCCAUGAUUCUAACGCAGGAGGAAGAUGACGUCCUGGGAGACGAAGCACGAGAGAGUGGCCCCUACGAUGUCAUCAAAAUAGAGCACACCAUGGCCACCCCCCUGGAGGAUGUUGGCAAGCAGGUGUGGCGGGGCGCCCUGUUCCUGGCGGACUACAUCCUGUCCCAGCGGGACCUUUUCCAGGGUCGCACGGUGCUGGAGCUCGGGGCGGGCACCGGGCUGGCCAGCAUCCUCGCGGCCACCAUGGCGCAGACCGUCUACUGUACAGAUGUCGGUGCAGAUCUCUUGGCCAUGUGCCAGCGAAACAUUGCCCUUAACAGCCACCUGACUGCCGCUGGAGGCGGUGUGAUUAAGGUCAGGGAACUGGACUGGCUGAAAGACGAUCUCUGCACAGAUCCCGAGGUCCCCUUCAGCUGGUCGGAGGAGGACAUCUCCGACCUGUACGGCCACACCACCAUCGUGCUCGCGGCCGAAGUGUUUUACGACAAUGACCUAACUGAUGCUCUGUUUAAAACACUGUCCCGACUGGCUCACAGGUUGAAGAACGCCUCCACCGCCAUCCUCUCUGUGGAAAAGAGGCUGAACUUCACGCUGCGGCACCUGGAGGUCACGUGCGAGGCCUACGACCAUUUCCGCUCAUGCCUGCGGCGACUGGAGGGGCUGACCGGUGGGCGCCUGCGCUUCGCCGUGGAGCCGGUGGACGUUUCCUUCCCGCAGCUCUUGGUCUACGAGCGCAUCCAGCAGCUGGUAGGUGUGCCCGCCCGCCCGAGGGCAGCUUGCUCUGGCGUGAGGCUGUCGGUUGGAGGAGGUCCUGAGCCAGCCUCCAGGUCCAGCCCGGCCCGCGCUCUCCCCGCUGACCCCGACGCUGGGCUCUCUCCAGGUCCAGGAGGGCCUGCCUGGCCAACGGUCACUUGGCCUUAGAGCACUUCCUCUUGCCGCAGGCAGUGCAGACUCCAGGGGAAGCGGGGGCGGGGUGCGGGGGGGGCAUUGCGUGUGGGUUGCUCUUCACUGGGCUGAAGAUCUUGAUGCAGGAGCCCCAGUGCCGACGGCCACGUCUUCACUGUGAAAGUGUGUGGCCUCGUGGCCUAGGCGGGCUUGCCUGAUGGCCGGUGGCCCGUCUGACGGGGCAAGUGGGGUCCCAUCACAUAGGCCUCUGAGCAAUAACCCCGAUGACAUGCUCUAGGUGCCGGCUGUCUCAGCGAGAGACAAGGUGAGUCCUGGCCAGGAAAGGGCGGGGCUGGGGUUAAUCACUUCCUAUUACAGUUUUAAAACCAGCACUAGGGGGAAAUCUGCAAAGUCAGAAGACCCUUUAAAAUCCCUUAAACUUUGUAGGAGCUGGAUUCGUAUAAGUCCCAAGGUCUUUCGUUCUCUUGGCCUCUUGUCUGCAGCCGCCCUUUGUCUGGGUCUUUGGAGACCCGGCCUGGCUCUUAGGAGGAGGGGCCUGCUCAGCUCCCUCCGGUCCCUUCCGCCAGCAAGCGCGGCGUUGCGUUCGUUCGUGUGUGCGGUUCCAUGUGCGAGGAGGGCCUUCCCUUCAUCGCUCCGCAGCCUCUGAGCUUCCCAGGCCCCUCCUAGUGAGGGUGCCAGCCUCCCACUAAGAACUUGGCGUGUUUUGUACCUUCUCCACCUGCCAGCAUUAAGAGGAGCAUCACACAGCCAAGAAAUCAGCUCCUCACAAAAUCCAGCAGCUGUGCUGCACGGCUCCCAGAAUGGAGAAGGUGUGCGACUUGUGGCCGUUCUGGUCCCUUUGACAGUGUGGCAGCCUCCUGCCUCUCAGAUCAGUGCCAGGACUCAGCAUCCAGCUCCGCCUCCACGGAACAGCCCAGAGCAAUAAAAGCACCAGGAGAGGCUCCCUGCUCUCGCAGUAGCUUUCAUGCUGCCCGUUUUUCGCGUCUUGUUUGGGGCUUCUCUUUUGCUGAUUACGUCCCUCUAUGAAAUUGUGGAGUCUCAUUUGCACAUCUCGGAAUCUCCCCCUCUCUCUG